CCGGUCCUCCGCCUUGGAAGGAGGAAACAGUCUCCGGUCUCUCUCCACCAUCCCUCCCUCCCCACCACCCAUCCACCCUUCCCGGGCCCAAAAUGGACGUACGCCGGAGACUUCCUCCGAAGCCCGCUCGCCCCUCGCCGGCGCUGGGGAAGCCCCCCAGCCCUCCCCCGGCCUCCGCUGCCCCUGCUGGUGGCGCCUCUGUCCAGGCGUCCGACGCACUCCCCCUCCCCAUCCGCUAUACCAACGUGCUCUUCUCCGCCCUCUUCAUGGUCUCCAUCUACUUCCUCAUGUCCCAGUGGCGCGAGAAGAUCCGCUCCUCCACCGCGCUCCACGUCCUCACCCUCUCUGAGCUCUCCGCCAUCGUCGGUCUCGCCGCCUCCCUCAUCUACCUUAUCUCCUUCUUCGGCAUCGCCUACGUCCAGUCCUUCAUCUCCUCCCAUGAUGACGACGACGACUUCCUCCUCGCCGCCCCCGAAGCCGCCCCUUGCUCCCUCCUCUCCGCCGGCGAUGCCCCGGAGAAAAUGCCGGUUCUUUCUGAUGACGACAACGAGGAGCUCGUCCACGCCGUGGUCGCCGGCAAGGUGCCGUCCUACUCCCUGGAGUCGAAGCUCGGGGACUGUCGGAGGGCCGCCGGGAUCCGUCGGGAGGCGCUGAGGCGGAUCACUGGGAGGGCCAUGGACGGGCUUCCGCUCGACGGAUUCGACUACGCGUCGAUCCUGGGGCAGUGCUGCGAGAUGCCGAUUGGAUACGUUCAGCUGCCGGUGGGGGUCGCCGGCCCGCUGCUGCUCGACGGGAGGGAGUACUUCUUGCCCAUGGCCACCACCGAGGGGUGCCUCGUGGCGAGCACCAACCGGGGAUGCAAAGCCAUCGCAGAGUCCGGAGGAGGGUCCAGCUUGGUGCUGAAGGACGCGAUGACGAGGGCGCCGGCGGUGAGAUUUGCGACUGCCAAGAGGGCCGCCGAGCUCAAGUUCUUCUUGGAGGAUCCCAACAAUUUCGAGACGCUUUCCGUCGUGUUCAAUAGGUCCAGCAGAUUUGCUAGGUUCCAAAGAAUCCAAUGCUCGCUUGCGGGGAGGAAUCUCUACAUGAGAUUCAGUUGCAGCACUGGAGAUGCGAUGGGGAUGAACAUGGUCUCCAAGGGUGUGCAAAAUGUGUUGGACUAUCUGCAAAAUGAUUUCCCAGACAUGGAUGUGAUCAGCAUCUCUGGCAAUUUCUGUUCAGACAAGAAGCCAGCCGCUGUGAAUUGGAUUGAGGGGAGGGGCAAAUCAGUUGUUUGUGAGGCAACCAUCAAGGAGGAGGUUGUGAAGAAGGUACUUAAGACCACCGUCCCAGCGCUUGUGGAGCUCAACAUGCUUAAGAACCUUGCUGGGUCUGCUGUGGCUGGGGCCAUGGGGGGGUUCAAUGCUCAUGCCAGCAACAUCGUGACUGCCAUCUUCAUUGCCACUGGCCAAGAUCCAGCACAGAAUGUUGAGAGCUCGCACUGCAUCACCAUGAUGGAGGCUGUGAACGAUGGGAAGGAUCUCCACAUCUCCGUGACUAUGCCAUCCAUUGAGGUGGGCACAAUUGGAGGUGGGACCCAGCUGGCCUCUCAGGCAGCCUGUUUGGACCUGCUUGGUGUGAAGGGUGCAAGUAAGGAAUCCCCAGGGGCCAAUGCUAAGCUUCUUGCCUCCAUUGUAGCUGGUGCGGUGCUGGCAGGAGAGCUUUCCCUCAUGGCAGCUCUCGCAGCUGGGCAGCUUGUGAAGAGCCACAUGAAGUAUAACAGAUCCAGCAAAGAUAUCUUCAAUUCUGCCUCCUGAUGGAAAUCCUCGUGUAUGGUAAUCAUAGGAGAAAUAAAAUUCCCAAAACGAGGGAUAUUGGGAAAGCAAAGUAGCCAGCCUAUCAGCAAGUCGGAAAGUAAAAACCCAGUUUGGUAAUAGUGUUCCUUCCUCCUCUAUAUGUGGAUAUUACCCUUUUGUAACCUGUAAGACUUUGAGGCAAAGUUUCUUGGCAGCAUAUGAGAUUGUCCUUGCAAACCAGAAGACUUGUCUGAUAUUGAUGCGCUCUGCUAUUCGGAUUCGGUAUCCAUCUGAUUAACUUGUCCUGUUGGCGUUAUCCAUGGCAAGUUGCUUUCUGUUGUAUUCUGCAUAGCCUUACAGGAAUUUGUUGUGUUCCAUGUGUUGUCUGGUGUUUUCUGAUUCUUGGGUUUAAAAUUUAUUAAUAUUUUUAUCAUUGAUAUGUCAUUUGUUACAUUCUUUUGA